CCAGUGGCGACGACCGGAUAGAGAGAAGGCUGGAGAUUGAGGAGGGAGAGAGAGGCCGCUGCGUGUGUUGGUGCCGGGGGUCGAUGUCUUGCCCCCGUGUCCAGCUGACCCCCGUCCUCUCGUUGCUGGGGGGCCUGGUCAGCCUGUCCACGCUGCUGGCGUCCACCCUCAGCCCGAGCUGGCGUUCGCAGCGCCUGGCGUCCGGCGGCCGCACCCAGGCCAACCUGACCGUGACGGACGGGCUGUGGGAGCGCUGCGUGCGUGUGGAGUCGGGCUCGGACCGCUGCAUCUACCGCGACGUCCAGUGGUACCGGACCGUCGACCAACUGGACAUCCGCCUCCUCCAGCUGGGGCUGCCGCUGUCGCUCGGUGUGGGGACGAUCGCUCUCUUCUUGACCGCGUUGGGAGUCUGUCAGACCGCCUGCACGUCCAGUACUCCGGGCUCCGGUAUCACCCACUGCUCCGUGAACUCCGCUGGCUGCUUCCUCAUCUCCGGAGUCCUCUACCUCCUCUCCUGCGCCCUCUGCCUCUCCCCCACCCUCUACCUCCUCUUCCACACUCGACGGCUCAACCAGAGAUUCGGCCCCGACUGGACUAGUGGUAUCGGGGUGCUGCUGGCCCUGGGGUCAGCGGCCGGUCUGCUGGGCUGCGCUGGGCUCCAGACGCUGUGGUACUGCCUGUGCCGGGGGUCAGGUGGGGACGGGCAGCUGUGGCAGCCGCUGCUGGGGCCGCAAGGGACCCCCAUCUACCUGGGCCCCCCCCCCCCUCUCCUGCUCCAAUACCUCCCGACGAUCCAGGCUCUCCACCCUGGAGAUCGACAUUCCCAUCAUCAGGCAUCAGGCUUGCUAGUGGGAAGAAAGGGAGAGGGAGGUGGAGGUGAGGGGGAGAGAGGGAGGGGGAGGGGGGAGAUGGAGGGGAGGUGGAGGGGGGAGAGUAGAGGGGCGAGGUGAUCCAGACUGUCCACCCUAGAGAUCGAUAUUCCCAUCAUCGGGCUUGCUAGUGAGGGUGAGAGGGAGGGGGAGAGAG